AUGGACGAUCUAUUUGUACUUGAUACCAACACCGGAUAUGAGAAACAACUGCAUAGCAUUGGAAGACGCAUGCUCCUCGAGUACGAUUUGGUCAUUGGAGACAAGCAUUACGACAUGCUCGAAGUGGAAGCUUAUUUGAAUGCACCUGGCCAUCCUGAUCCCUUUGUCCAUGCACACCCAUUUCAAAAACGUAGCGGCUAUUGGUUCUUUCAUCGGGCGGGCAUGUCAAGUACGCUUCGCAAUGGAUCAAGAAAAGGGGUUGAUAUCACCGUUGGAAAAGCAAUCAACAAUAGCACUGGUGGCCUGCUUAUUCGUGCUGUGGAGGACAAGGAAACUGGACGAGUGAUUGAAGGACCUAGUUUACUUGUGGAUGAAAUCCUCUUGGGCCUUGGUGGAUUGAAGACAGCUGAUUUGGCUGAUGAGCAUUGGGAUUGUUGGACACAAGAGAAUCGUUUAUACCUCAAGAAAAAGGCGACUCCUUACAGCCAACCUGUACAUCAAUCAUGCCGUGUUGGAUUGCGUCUAAGUCAUCACAAUUUGACCACCCGGUUGCAAUACGUCGGUCGUCCUUACCGUUACGUGAUGAAGCCAUGGCUUUUGAAAAAAGGCCGUGUAUGGACCCUCUUUGGAUUGAUGGAAGAGAAGCUCACAAUCGAGGAAAUGGUGCGCUUGACGCUCAUGAAGAAAACGUUGAUGCCCAAAUACAAGUCUGAAUAUGACAUUGGUCAAAAGGAUGCUAUCAAGACUAUCAAGCAAUGUGUUUGGGGUGGAAAGGAUAUCGUUGCAGGAAAUGCCUUAUGGAAAACAAGAGUCAUGAGUGCUGUACGAUGGUGGGAACGGCAGGCUGAGAUUGGCAACAUUAUCGAGAUAGAAAAGAAAUAG